UUAUAUAUAUUCCACUUUUAUACAAUAUUAGUAUUUAGUUCCUUCAGACUCUUAUUUUGACACUGCAAACCGGAAGCAACGUUGUGAUGUGCGUAACUUCACUUCCGUCUACGUCCUUCUCUUCCCCUCUUCCUCUCAGAUGAUGGACACUCAGAAGGAAGCUCUGUGCAGGAUCAUCAGCACGUUGGCCAAUAAGAAUGAAGAGCUACACAACUUCCUGGAAACGGUCGACAACACACUGACGGGACUCCAGGAGGAGUCAUGUAACGUGACAACUGAGCUGGAGGCGGAGCUUGAGCAGCUAAGCUCCGCCCUGGCAGAGAAGGGGGCGGAGCUUCAUGAUGUAAUUAAAGAGGAGAAGCAUAGGAAAGAGGCGGAGCUUCAGAAGCAGGAGGCGGAGGGGAGGGCCGCUCUGCUGUCGUGUGAGCAGCUGCUGCACUUCGCCAAUCACACGCUGACCAUCACCAACGAAGAAGAAUUCAUCCAGGCUGCAAAACAAAUCAAAGAACGGGUAACCAUGGCUGCAGCGUUCCGCCUGACGACUCGUCCGCUGGUGUCAGAGAACAUGUCCAAGUUCACCGUCGACUUCAGCUCGGAGAGGGCGGGGCUUAUGAGACUUCACUUCCUGCCCGUUCCCAGAGCUCCAGAGAUCGAUGUCUCCAUCUGCGUCACCCGUGACAACAGCAUCGUGGUUGCUUGGCAACCAUCCGGCGAGGCCGACGGCGACAGCGGACCAAUCAAACGCUACGAACUAGAAUACCGGAAAACGAACCGGGACGACUCGCUGAGAGCCGCAGGAGAUGCAUGCUGGGAAAAAAUCCACGACAUCAGAGAGACACACGUAACCAUCUCAGGUCUGAAGUUCGAUUCCCGCUUCGUGGUCGUUCGAGUUCGAGCCAGAAACAAAGCGGCAGCCGGCGAGUUCUCUGAGCCGGUUGCCAUGGAAACCAGAGCGUUUAACUUUGGCUUCGACGCGGUGACGGCUCACGCGGAGCUGAAGGUGGAGGGGGACACUGUGACCUGGGAGCCUCAGGGGGUCAAAGGUCACGACCCCCGGCUGAGGGGGAAGGAGAGCAGGAGCAGCAGCCGGAGCGCCACGCCGUCGCCCAAUAAGACGGCAGCCAGCCGAGCAGGACGCGAGCGAUUCGCUGGAGAGUCGUACACCGUGCUGGGUGACCAGGAGAUAACAGGUGGCUGUCACUACUGGGAGCUCCGCCCCCUCGCGGACUGGAAGUCGUUCAGUGUGGGCGUGGCCUAUCGGGCCAGUCUGGGCCGUUUUGACCAAUUGGGGAAGAGCGCCGGUUCGUGGUGCCUCCACGCCAGCCAAUGGCUGCAGAGCUCGCUCGCCGCGAAGCACAACAACAAAGCCAAGCCUCUCGAUUGGCCGCUGCCUCAGCGAAUCGGAAUCUACUGCGACUACGACAACGGAGACCUGUCCUUCAUGGACGCCACGCGGCCACGCCUCAUCCACGCCUUCAAAAUAAAGUUCAGCCAGCCGCUGCUGCCCGCCUUCACAAACUGUGUUGCAGGUUUGGUGCGGCGGGAUCACCAUAACAACGGGCCUGCAGGUGCCGAGCUUCAUGGGUAAUUUCCUCUCCAACAAUCGGAGCCUCAGCAACUUGUCGCAGUAAAUCAACUCAUCACCUGUUUAUAUUUUUAAUAGUUAUUAUUUAAUUUAUUUAAUUUGUAUUUAUUAAUUUGUAUUCAUGAAUUUUAAUUUAUUCCAGAAAUAGUAUAAUAUUACAUGUAUAUAGAACAUACUUGUGAAUUGUUGUCUUUAUGAAAUAUAAGAUAAAUGUGAUAUUUUAAUAAGAUAUAGAUUAUUGAUCACAGUAUGGACAGAAGCCAUAGUUUUAAUUUGAGCUUUUAAUUUGAAGAUGUGUAAUAUUGCUGUUUGCAAACUAUAGAAAACUAUAUUAACUAUGAAAACAUGUAACAUGAAGUCAUCGUCUCCAAGAUGAAACGUGUUGUUUUUAAAUGUAGGACUUUUAUUUUGAAGAAAGCAUAAGGAAGAAAACAUUGCCUAUUCCCUCUGGCUUUUAUUUUGAAGGCUGCAACAAGCUGUGAUUAUGUGGACGUAAAUUAUAUAUUUGAAGUUUGUGUAAAAGACUUUUAUUAUAUUUAUUAUGUUAAUAUCUGACCUGGAAUCAGUUAAUUCAUACGGAAGGGUUUGUAUUGAUCAUCAUGUUUUAGUUAUUGAUUCUUUAUGUUUUCGUUAUUAAUUCUUUAUGUUUUAGUUAUUGAUUCUUCAUGUUUGUUGACAUCAGCUCUGAUUAAAUGUUUUAUAGAUAACUUUAUAAUUAACUGUGAAAAAUAUAAUAAAGCAUAAAACUAUCAGAAGCA